AUGAACAACAAAACCCCAGAAAAAAAUGCUAUUUCCAAGCAUAACAAUGACAAAAACGAAGAAAUACCACACAGUACAACAGAUCAAAAUGACAGUAUACUGAAUUCGACAAGUGUAAAGCCAUCCGAUAUUAUCUCGUUCCCUAAGGCAAAGCACGCACAGGUUAGGCGCAAAAAUUCUAAAAAAUCAGAGAUAUUAACCUCCACACCAUACAAAGAUAUAUUGACAGAAAAACUGGAGUCACAACAAAAUAGUGUAAAGAAGAAUGUCUUCGGCAAAAAAAGGAAAGCACCAGAGGAUCGCCCCAAAGAAAAUAUAGAGCAAAAAUUACCGGCUUCUAAAAAACUUAGCGGUUCUGUAGAUGAUGUUGCCUGUCCCUUGUGCAGCGAACAUUACAGCACUUCAGAGUGGAUCAGAUGUGGUUCUUGUAGUACCUGGUGGCAUGAGGACUGUAGCGAAUAUUCGGGAUCUGGUGAAUUUGUAUGCGAUUUUUGUACCUAA